GGCAACCAUUCGUAGUCUGUGCUGGCAACAGCUGAUGCUUAAACAGCUGCUAUUAAUAUAGAGUGAAAAUGGUCGAAGACACAAGUUUAAAUUCAAACAAAUCGAAGACAAAAACAACACGCCCCAAAGCUGUAUACUUGUGGACCGAAGCAGACGUUCAAAAGUGGCUUCGCAGACAUUGUAGUGAUUACUAUAAUCUGUACUGGGAGAGAUUUCACGAGCACGACAUCACAGGCAGGGCGCUGGUGCGGAUCAACGACAACACGCUCAUCAGAAUGGGCGUGAGCAACAAGGAGCACCGCGAGGCCAUCUGGCGCGAGAUCCUCAAGCUGCGCCUCAAGACCGACAUCGUGGAGAUACGCGACCUGGAGAGGCGGCAUUACUACUUCAACUACGACUUGUGAUUAACUUUGGAUUAACUGGAUGAAGCCCGUGACUUUGUGAAUUUAGAUUCACUAAAAAUUCCAAGGGAACUCUUUUCCAUAUGAAAAAGUAGCCCAUAUCCGACAUCUGUAUACGAGAUUUAUCUUUGUACCAAAUCAAUCUCAGAAUUGGCUUGCCUAUUAAUUUCUGUUGUACAUAAUUUUUAAAUUAAAUUGACAGGUCUAAAUCGGUUCAGUAGUUACAG